GUGUGGUCAGUGUAGUGUGUGGUCGGUCGGACGAAGGUGGAGAAAAGGUGUUCUGCCUGUCAGUGUAAUCGGACUUUGUAAAGAUGCGUCGAUCUGUCAUGUCUGUAAGGAUUCCUAAAGAGCUGAGUAGGCUUGAGACUGACCCACCUCCUGGAGUGUCAUGUGGGAUCAAGAAGGAUUCUAUACAACAGCUUCAAGCACAGAUAAUUGGAGCUGAUAGUUCGCCAUAUUCAGAUGGAGUUUUUGAUCUGGAAGUUCAAGUUCCUGACAAUUACCCAAUGGAGCCACCUAAAGUCUGGUUCCUGACUCCUAUUUAUCAUCCCAACAUAGACACAGCUGGCAGGAUCUGUCUAGAUCUACUCAAGAUGCCACCUACAGGUGGAUGGAAGCCUAGUCUGAGUAUUGCUACGUUGUUGACAUCUAUACGGCUAUUAAUGUCACAGCCUAAUGCUGAUGAUCCACUCAUGGCAGAUAUUUCUGCUGAAUUCAAGACAAACCGUGCCCUGUUUGAGCAGAAAGCUAAGGAACAUACACUGAAACAUGCAUCACAACAAAGCUCAGCUUGUAGUACACGUCAGAAUGCCUCAUCUGCUGAACAUCAGUCAAAUGAGGGCGACCAAUCAGAAUCUUCUUCAGAUGAUGACAGUGACCAAUCAGAAUCCUCAUCUGAUGAGAGUAUCUCGUUACCAGACAAACUUGCCAAGAGGAAAUCCUCUCAGUGUCCCGAUGAUUCCAUGGAUACUAAGAAACUCAGAGCAGAUAAUCCCUGAGUGUCAGGUCAAUGUAGUAUUAUGUCACGACAGAGCAGAUACAAACAGUGGGCUCGAAUAACCAAUUGUAUACACAAUCCCUUUAACACAUUAUUAUGAUGGGGGCAAAUUUCAAUGGUUUUCACCUAAUUGUGAUAGUGUCAUGGCUGAGCUGUUAAGAGCACCGAAUUCAAACUUUGGUGUUUCUGAUCAGCAGAGUGUGGGUUCGAAU